AUGUUGCUUUUUAAUGAAAAGGUUAUUCUCUAUCAAGUCUAUCAUAAUACAAACUCGACGCCGAUCGAAGCUAAAUAUGUGUUUCCUCUUGAUGAAAAUUCAACUGUAUGUGGCUUUGAAGCACAUAUUAAUAAUAAAGUUAUUAAAGGUGUUGUCAAAGAGAAAGAACAAGCCAAACAAGAAUAUCGAGAAGCAAUCGAAAAAGGUCACGGUGCUUAUUUGAUGCAUCAAGAACAAGCUCAAGUGUUUAGUGUAGCUGUUGGUAAUUUACCAGCAAACAAUGAAGUCAUCAUCAAAAUAACCUAUGUGGCUGAAUUAGAAAUCGAAAAUGGUGAUAUUAUCUUUCGUCUUCCAGCCAAAAUGGCUUCAUGGCAAUCAAAACAAGCAAUCGAAACCAAGGAUCAAUCGAUUGUAAAAUCGAUCGGUAUUGUCGAUGAACAAGUUGAAUUCAGUUUUAGAGCAUCAAUUCGAAUGCCCUAUGAAAUAAUAAAACUAUUUUCGCCAACACAUCGUCUUCGUCGAAAAUUAACCGAUUGUAUAGCUAUGAUCGAACUUGUUGAUAACGUCUUAAUUGAUCGAGAUUUUGUUCUUUCGAUAACACUCAAAAGUGCUAAUUUACCUCGAAUAUCAAAUGAAACAUUAUCAUUGAAUGAUGAGAAUGGAACAACAACAUUGAACAAGUAUGAUUCUCAAGCAUGUAUGCUUACGUUUUAUCCACGAUUUGAAACAUUGACGAAUUCAAAUGAACAAAUUGAAAUUAUUUUUAUUGUCGAUGUAUCUAAUUCGAUGGAUGGUAGUCAUGUUCAACAAGCUAAGCAAUUAGCUCAUUUAUUUCUUAUGAAUUUAAAAGUUGACGAUGAAAAUACAUAUUUUAGUGUCAUUACUUUUGGAUCAGAUAAUGAUGAAUGUUUUCCGAUUUCAACACCAACCACAAAAGAGAAUCUUGAUAAAGCCAAACAUUUUGUACUGCAUUCACUUAUUCAUCGUGGUAAUACGGAUCUAUUUGCUGUUCUUCAUCGUUAUUCGUUAUUACCUUCGUUAUCUUCAUCGAAAUUGGGUCGUCAAUUUAUUCUUCUAUCCGAUGGACAUAUUCAUGAUGUCAACUCGAUUCUUGCUCUACUCAAACAUCAAUCAACUAUGCGUCGUGAUCGUUUAUUUACAUGUGCUAUUGGUAAUGUUGCCAACAAACAUGGUUUGAAACAAUUAGCGAAUGGAGCAAGUGGAGGUGGUCUAACAACAAUAUUCGAUUCGAACUAUCGGUCGAGAUGGAAAACAAAAGUAUUAAAUAUUCUUGAACAUGUCCGACAACCAUGUGUUACAAGUAUAUCGAUUGAUUGGCAUGGCCAUCUGGAUGAAGAACAAAAAUUUAAUAUUCAAGCACCGAAAAUAAUUCGAUCUUUGUUCAAUGGAAUGCGACUUAGUGUCUAUCGAUUCAUACAAAAUUGUCACAAGGCAACAUUGACGGCUACUAUUGAUGGACACGAAUUUGUUACGACUGUAUUUAGUAGUACGAUGACAACGACUAAAGGACGUAUUUUGCAUUGUCUAACCGCUCGAGCAAUUAUUGAUGACUAUGAUAAUGGACUAAUGUAUGUGGACGAAAGCGAAAAUGAACUAUUCAGAAUUCAAUAUAAACAAGAUCUUAUUGAUCUAAGCAUCAAACAUUCUGUUAUCAGUACAUACACUAGUUUUGUUGCCAUUGAAGAACGUGAUACUAAAACAGAUAUGCAAACUCUUCGACCAGGCGUUCGUCUUUUGGACGUUAUGCUCGGUCGAGAUGUUGAUUUGCUGCCAUGCAUGGGAUGGGAUGGUGAUGUAUCAAGUUUCGCUUCGAUCAAACAGAAAUUGAUCGAUGAACGUAUUUCACUUGAAAGUGCAUCGAUUCAGAGAAAAAAAGAAACGAUUGUCGAUAUUGAAAAUCUUUGUGAGAAAAUAUCCUAUAGAGCAGGUGGCGAUGCUAAAUUUGAUAUGAUGAUGACUAUCAUACGUACAUAUCGUUAUUCAUUGAAUGAACAUGAUAAAGCCGAUGAACUCGAAAACAAAAUGCGAAACGAUCUGGAAAUUGAAAUGAUAAGUGCAACGACAGAAGAACGACAAUCCUUACAAGAACGAUGUCAAUCUAACAAUAUGGUGAUCAAAACUGACAAAGAUGAAGAAUUGACUGACUAUGUUGGUAAGAAGAUUCAUAAAUGAAACUCGAUCAUUCAACUUCGGAGAUUUCAAACGAGACAGAGAUUCUAUUGGAAAAUUUGAGUUUUUGGUUUGCUUUUAUCAUAGGAUCUAAUUACUUCGAGUUCUAGAAUACACAUCAAUUCAUUUUUGGAUUGAACUCAGAAAAUAAUGAACAAAAAGCAAUUCACAGUCCCAUAAUAUAUUUCGUAAUGUGUGUAUUGAUCUUUCGCAAAUCUAAUCAUAUGCUUAUGGAAUUAGAUCUCCGAAAGUAUUUUGUUCUUAACUUUGUCAUUUGUUCAUUAUGAUAAGACAUUUUUUGCAAUAGAUAUUUUUCCUUAGAAAUAGUUUCUAUUAACAGGAAAGUUGGACAUUUCAAUAAUUUUUCUAUGAUAAGAGUCAAUAACAAAGAGAAUACAUCGAUUAAAAGAACAUUGAAAACAAAUGAAAAACUAACGUUUAAAUAUUCGUAGCAUCAUAAACCUGCAGUUCGUAAUUGUAUAGAUCUAUGUAUGCAUGAAAUUUAAAUCGAACAUAAAACAUAAUGAUCCUAUGCAAGAGCACCGUAGUAAAGAUUUCUAAAACGAUUUUUAUACUUCUUUUCCAUAGAUUGGAGUGAGUUCAUUCCAGAUUUUGCAAAAUUAACAGAAACUGAACGAAUGCAAAAAAUAACUAGAACACUUAUGCACCCCGGUACGCUAAUUCAAUGCUAAAGAUGAAGACAACAAAGAAUUCGAAUAUUUUUUAAUUUUAGUUAGGUGAAGUACCAGACUUCACUGAUGUAUACUCUACACCAUUCGCAUCACCAAC